UAAGGAAAUGAGUCAGUCAGCUCCGCUCCUGUUGCUUCAUUUUAUAUCCAGCGAUAGCUUAAGUCGGAGGUCAGAUACAGCGCCCCGCUAUGCCUUCGCCCCUCCCCUGAAAUACGCAGAAGACCCGCGAUCAGAAGACCCCUUCGCCCCCUCCCCUGAAGCACGCAGAAGACCCGCGAUCAGAAGACCCUCGAUCGCUGGGCGGCGGGGACCCGGGCGCCGGCCGACCGCACGUGGCCAGACCGCCGCCCGCCGCCACCGCCGCCCGCCGCCCGCCGCGAUGUCCCCGCGCCGGCCCGGGCCCUGGGCGCCCGGCGCCCGGAUCCUUGCGCUGGCCCUGCUGUGUCUCCUGCGGCCGGUUCCAGUUGCCUCACCCACACUAACAAAGCUGGACAGAGUUCGCCAGCAACCAGCUGCCAGCCUCACAGGGAAGUGUCCACCAGGAUCCUAUCUCUCUGAAUAUACUGGAGCUUGUAUAGAAUGCACUGAAGGAGAGGAUUUCACCAGUCAUCACAACAGCUUCUACUCUUGCCGACCCUGCUCUCAUUGCCCUCCAGAUAAAGUAGAAACAGCUCCGUGUACCAGGACCAAGGACACCCAGUGUCAGUGCAAGAAUGGCACUUACGAGGAUAAGGAUUCUCCUGAGUUCUGCCUACCGUGCAGCCAUCGGUGCCCUGAUGGCAAGGUCAAGGCCAAGGCCUGUGGCCCCUGGAACGACCUUGAGUGUGUGGACCAACGAUCAGGUACCCAGGCCUAUGGGGAGGCCCCAGUUCCUGGAGAGCCAGUGACCAGCAGCCUGGAGGCACCCACUGCUCCCUCUCUCUCCUCAGGCAUACCAUGGUGGAUAAUCUUUCUUAUCUGCAUCUCGGUGCUUAUAGUCCUGGCGCUGAUUGGACUAUAUUGUUGCAAGAGAUAUAACCUAGGUUCCGGAGUGGCCACCAAGAUCACGCGCAGAGGCUGGUUUUGGCGCUCACAAACCACAGGAGAUACUGAGGCUCUGGACAAUGCCCACAACCAGGCCAUAAACAACAGAGAUUCGCUGUCCUCUGAGCAGGAACAGGAAGAGCUGGUACAGCCCACAGAAGAAGCACAGCAUCUACUGGGUCGGGCAGGCCCAGAUGGGUCUCCGAUGACAAGGAAGCUGCUGGUUCCAGCGAACAACGAGAACCCCAUAGAAACCCUGAGGGAGAGCUUCUUGGUCUUCUCAGAGUUCGUGCCCUUGCGUCGCCAGAAGCGAUUCAUGAAGUUGGUGGGCCUCACAGAAAAUGAUAUCUACAUCGCCCAAAACCAAGAGUCGCACCCCCGGGAUGCCUUGUAUGAAAUGCUGAACAUCUGGCUCUACAUCAACGGGAAGGCUGCCUCCGUCAACACCCUACUGAAGUCCUUGGAAGAUAUGAAGGAAAUGCAUGUGAAGGAGAUGAUUGAGGAGCGCCUGCUGAGGUCCGGAAAGUAUGUCUAUGAAGGAGGUGAAGCAGGUUCUGCUGUUUCCAGUGAAAACGAUGACCUUCGGAGACCAGAGGUUUCCUAGUUUACCUUUUCUCCUGAAGGGGAAAUAAGACUGGACACUACAUGCCUGGCCAGUGCGGCUCAGUGGUUGAGCAUCCACGUAUGAAUCAGAAGGUUGCGGUUCCAUUCCCUGGCAGGGCACAUGCCCGGAUUGCAGGCUGGAUCCCCAGUGGGGGCUGUGUGGGAGGCAGCUGCUCCAUGAUUCUCUCUUACCACUGAGGUUUCUAUCUCUACCCCUCUCCCUUCCUCUCUGAAAUCAAUAAGCUUGGAGAAAUUUCUCUUCAAAUUGGUUCAUAGGCCAAUGCUCAACCUCUGAGCCACACCAGCAGGGCCUGGCAUUUUUUCAUUCUAAUAGACUUGCACUUUUUUUUUUACUUGUUACUUAAUGUUUUGUAUAAUUCACAAAACAUUUGUGUUGUUAUAUGUCCAAGUUUUUGCCUAACUGUGAUAGGGCUCUAUUUUAUUUUUGAAAACAUGUUUUUCUAUUAUUAUUGUAUUAUUUUUUGUGAACUUAUUUUUGCCCUAUCCUGUAUAUAUUUAUAUGGUUACCAGAUUGAUCCCAUGCAUUAACCUAAAUGGGAGAAGGGAACAAAAGUGCACAAGAAUCACCGCACGUCUGGGGAUGGUGCUCCCGGCUCCCUGCUCCCUCAGGUGCACUUUGAACUUGUCCAGCAUUAGGUGACUGGCCAUUUCUGCAGCAGGAUGGGGAACGUCCGGCCCUCGGGCCCUGCAAGGCCGGCAAAACCAUUUGGUCUGGCCCUGCCAACGGUAACCACAAGUAGAACUUGAAAUUUAAGAAAUCUAGCUUUUUCAUAGCAAUAUACAUUUAUAUUUAGUGGAUCAUAAUAAUAAUGUAAAUUUUUAGGGACAAGCAAGAAUGUCCAUUAUGGGACGUUCAUAAAAUAUACUUUAAGUGCCCUGCGAAGGUUCUAGAACAUCUUAAGUGCUGUAGGCAUUUGGAUGAUAGAACUCAAGAACUGGAAAUUUUGUCCAGGACAGUAUCUAGUACAUGACGGGAUAGACAUGUAUGCUUCCCGUCAGCUGCCCCUGGCCCGUCUGCCAGUAUGGCGGGGACUCCUAGGACAGGCAGCGCAGGCAGCCUGGGAGUGCGGCUGUGAAAGUGUUAACACACUGUGGCUAAACUACUGCGAUCAGGGAUGAUGAGGCGGGGUGCGAUGAGACGAUUCCUCGCGACGUGGGUGACCUUGCCUCGGAUAAUUGGCAACGAUGUUGUCGACUUCCUUGCCGACACAGAUGACAUCUCCAACCUUUAUCCACAUGUCUACCAUCAACAAUUCUCAAAAAAAACACACCCAAAACUGAAUCUCGGGGGAAGACUAAGGAGAUUACUAUACAAAGAAAAGAUCUCUAGAGCCAAUGAUACAAAUGCCGGAUAUGUUUCAAAUCCAAGAUGCAAGAUUAGAAACAGCGAUCAAAGCAAAAUCAUUGCGUUGCUGACGACACACCCACUGGGUAGUUAUUACAACUUAAGGACGUGACGUCCUACAAAUGGCGACUACAAAGAAAACAAAUGUUAACGCAGAGUGUUACGACAGCGGACAUAAGAGGUGCUGUCCAGCGGGCCGUUUUCGCUGGUGGGAUAACUGCAGCGUUGGACCUGCCAGAGGAACUGCUGUCAGUGGAAGCCACGCAGGGCGCUACACGAGGGGAGGACUUGUGCGAGAGACUGUUUUAGCAAUGAAAAGUUUUAAGCUGACAUUUGAAAAGUUAAGUGGCCUCCCUAUCGAUGUAGGAGCUACAGCCAUGGCUGGCUCCCAAAAAGGGAGAAUUGGCAUCUGUCAAGAAAGAAUUGAACUGUCUCAGUCUUGAUCCAAGUGGCUUAAUUAUAAGCCACUGACUGCAUCCGACACCAAGAGUCUCUGCACAGUGGGUGCGGCUCAACAACGAUAUGUCAACUGCAGUGUCAUGCAUACGUGUUGUCAAAAGCAGAGAGUUUAGCCCUGGCCAGUUUUCCUCAGUGAUUAGCACAUCGGCACGCUGAGGGAACGGUCAAGGUUCGAUUCCCAGUCAAGAGCAUGUAUCUCAGUUGCAGUUUCGUUCUUUUUUCUUUAAUCCUCACCUGAGGAUAGUUUUCCAUUGAUUUUUAGGGAAAGUGGGAAAGAGGGAGAGACAAAAGAAAAAUAUCGAUGUGAGAGAAACACAUUGAUUGCUUUCGCCCAAACCUGCAUGCGCCCAAACCAGGCCCGGACCAGGGAGGAGCCUGCAAUUAGGUAUGUGCCCUUGACCGGAAUCAAACCCAGGACCCUUUGGUCCACAGGCCAUCAUUCUACCCACUGAGCAAAACAGGCUAAGGCCCUUAGUUGCAGUUUCAAUUCCUGGUCCCAGUCAGGGUGCAAGAGAGAGAUAACCAAUAGUUGUAUGUCUCUCCUCCUUCACCCCUCAUUUCCACUCUCUAAAAAAAAAAAAUCAAUUAAAAAAAAUAUAUAUACAUACAUACAUACAUACAUACACACAUACACACACACACACAUAUAUAUAUAUAUAUAUAUAUAUAUAUAUAUCUUCUCUCCAUGGGUGAGGAUUUUAAAAAGCAAAGCAAUAAAUAAAUAAAUAAAUAGCAGAGGGUUAAACAGCUGCCAGUUUAAGGAGUUACUAAAUGACCUUGACUCUGAGUACGGUGACCUUGUUUAUCACUGUGAAGUGUGGCGGCUGAGUCCCAUGAGGUUUUAUGAACUGCGGGAAGUCAGGCAGUUCUGUUCCCAACCUCGAUCCUUGUCUUCUCAUAUAUAUGAAUUUAUUCGAGAGACCUUCACUGUGCUGUGAAAAGCCAAUGUAUUAAAGCGAUGAAACCA